AUCAACACCACUUUUUUAAACUAUUCACUAAAAAGUAACGAAAAAAUCAUGAAAGUAUCUGUGUUACAAAUAUUUUUUUUUAUUACUCUAACAAUUUUUUAUUGCUAUUGUGAAAAAAAUUCAAAAUGUGAUAGUAAAAAUGGUUUCUGUAAUAAUAAAAAGGAAUAUGUUGAUCAGUACGAAGACCAAGAUGAAGAAAUGACCGAAGAAUCAUUUGAAAAAUAUAGUGCUAAAUUAAAUCGAGGCUAUUAUAAGGCUGAUGAUGAAGUCGAUGAUAAUGAAGAUGAUGAUAGUGAACAAUGUUUGACACCAGAAUUCGUUGAAUCAGGAAUUUCAAAAAUUUCUUUAGUUCCAACAUUUCAACGUAAUUCAGAUAAUAUGGAAGAAAUUAAACCCACAAUAAUAGCCCAGACGAAUAUAUAUGAUUUUGGAUCAGUACAUUUCAACCGUGUAUCUCAAACUUUCUCUGAACACAAUGCUACUCAAAAAAUAAAUGCAACUAUUGAAGUAUGCUAUCCAAAGGAAAAGAAUACUAAAAUGAAUAUUUGCCCAAUUGUAGGAAUACAAGCAGCACUUUCAUCAGAAGCUAAUGAAGAAAAUAUUAAAAUUAUUUCUGGUAAACUAUAUGACAUUUUGGGAGUAGGAGAACAAAUUUGUGUAAAAAUUAAAGCUAAUAAUACGAAAUUUUAUAAAGUUGUUGUCAAUUUCUUUGGUGUACUUACGGAGGAUUUUGAAGAAACGCUGUUGGAACAACUUGCAAACGGAGAGAUAACUGAAUUCGAUUAUAAAGAUUUUAAAAAACAUAUUUCAAAAGUUGAAUUUUAUAACCGACUUAGAUUAAAUAAGCAUCUUGAUGUGAUGUCUGUCUAAAAUGUAAUGCAGAUUCUAAAUUGCAGAUUGGUGCGAUCUAAUAAGUGUACUAUAAUUUUUGUUUCACAUUUUCUUGUAUUAUUUUAAAAUGUAAAUAGAGUACAAUUGGGAAGUAGUGUACUGAAAAAGAGUCUAAUGAAAUAAAAAAUUAAUUAAAGACUUCUUCCCAUACCGUGAUUUUUAAAUGUAUUGCUUUCUAUUUUCCAUAUCAUAGAUAUCCAUCAUAAAAUAAAAAAAUCAUCCCAUUGAAUAUAAUUCAUUUG